AUGAUACUGCUGUAUGAGCUGCAGAAGCGGCUGGCCAAUCUGAGGCCCACCACCACCGUCGUCACCACACCCACCGGCGCACGUUUCAUCGAGCGGCGCAGGUCCUCUGGAAGCGAGGACGGAACAGACACGACUCCCCAACAGCUGGAGGCACGCCAGUAUGGCUUUGUCGUGGACACAAAACCUGACGCCGUGCCCGCAUGCAUUCUCAGUGAAUUCCUCUAUCUGGGCUCCCAAGAUGCCGUCAGUGCGGAAAACAUAUUGAAGUACAAACUGACGCACAUCCUCAGCGUUGGCAUAGAAACCCCCAAUAUCGAGCUUCCAACGUCGGUCAAGUGCAAGUACUUACCCUGUCUGGAUCUUCCCGAAACGGAUCUGCUGCGGUACGUGCUGCCCGUCUCCAUUGACUUCAUCGAGGAGGCUCGCAAGUCCCGCGGCUGCAUUCUAGUCCACUGCAACGCGGGCGUCUCGCGUUCUGCCUCUGUUGUCAUUGGCUACUUGAUGCAGCGGCGGGACAUGUGCUACGAGGAUGCCUACAACCUGGUCAAGUCCUGGCGGCCCUGCAUCCAACCCAAUGCAGGCUUCAUGCAGCAGUUGAAGAAGUCUAGCAAAACAUAAAUAUAAAUUAGGCUAAGUCGGUGUCCGCUUACCUGCAUUUUGGCUUUAACUGUGUUUAGUGUGUUACUAUUAGCACAAUAAAGUGUUAACACGUAUUUACCAUUACAAAAGAACUCCAAAU